AACUUAAUGAAAAUGUCAUUCAUGAAUACUACCAACAACCGUUUAGAGUCCCUGAAUGGGAAAAUUAAGUCUAUUACUACAAAGUUUGCUACUUUGGAGCAAUUUAUAAUAGACUUUUUUAUUCUCAUUUCAACGAGGAAUAGUGAGCAUGACGUAGUAGCUGCUUACUCGUAUUUGAAAACAAAAGCUUUACCCUUUGGAGAAGGUAGUCCAGAACACUUUUAUAACAGAAUUCUAAUUAGUUAUGGAUUUCAAUUUGUGCGUAAGGAGUUGGACAAGAGAUUUGUCUAUAAGAUUACUGGAUUAUCAUCAAACACUGGUACAUUAUCUGUGCAACGUGAUGGCAGUACGCGAAUUCGAAAUGUUACUCACAAUAAAUGUGAUUGCAAUGAAAAUCUGUUAAUGGGAUUACCUUGUAGGCACAUUUUUGCUGUUCGAGAGCAUUUGGAUUACUCCUUGAUGGAUGCAAGUCUAUGCUUGGAACGUUGGACACAGAAGUACUACAUGGAUCACGAACGUGCUUUCGAAGAUCCGAAAGAUCAGCCAGAACCAUCUGUUAACAUUACAGCACAAAAGUCGACAUCAAAUAGAAACCAUACUUUAACUCACGGGCGUAAACUAAAAAUUGGAAAAGAAGAACUCUUGGGAAUAGGUUCUUUAUUAGCAGAAUUCUCUACUCCCAAAUUUUGGGAAUACAUACAGUUCUUUGAAGAAGUAUUUAUUAUACUCAAAACAUCAGUGAAAUGCUAUUAAAAAGAAAAGAAAAUAAUGAAGGAUCGAUAAGAUGCGAUAGCUGUUUGGAUUGGUUCCAUCCAAUUUGUGUUAAUUUAAAAAAGCUUCCCAGAUCUAAAAACUGGUUUUGCAAAAAAUGCAAAAUGAUUUAAAACUAUUUAAUGUUAACAUUCAGAGUUUUUUAUUAAGUUCACAAAAACUAUUGAUAAAAAAAGAAUAGUGAACUACUAUAAAAAUA